GGGGCGCGGGGCGGGCACGGCCCGGGGCACGGGCACGACCCGGCACGGCCCGGCGGGGCGGGCGGGCGGCGCUCAGCCCGGCCCUGCCCCGAUAACGGGCGCGCGGGGCGGUCCCAGGGCGCGGGCAGCGCCCCCAGCACCGACCCUGCCCGGAGCCCCCCGCGCCCCGCCGGUCUCGUGGCUCCGCUCGCGGAGCCCUCCGGGCUGUAACGGGGCAGAGGCGAGCGCGGGGAAGCGCUGGCGGCGGCGCCGGUGCUCGGGGACGUUUCUGGGGCGCGCGUGUUAGCGCGGGGAUCCCGGGAAUGCAGCGAGCCGGGAAUGCCGUGACCCCGGGGCGGUGCGCUGAGCGGCGGCGCCGCGAUCCCCGGCUGGGCAUUCCCGGAUCCGAUCCCCGGCUGGGCAUUCCCGGAUCCGGUCCCCCGGGUUGGGCAUUCCCGGAUCCGGUCCCCGGCUGGGCAUUCCCCUGCCCGAUCCCGUGGCUGAGCGCUGCCGGGUCCGGUGCCGCCGCUGGGCAGUGCCGCACCCGUGUCUGUGGGGUUCAUCGCCGCUGGGCUCGGGCUGCUGUGCGAAUUCCGUGUGACGGGAGAGGCUUUGCCCUGCCGGGGCAGACUCUGCUCUCCAGCCACGGCUGCGGUUUGGGAUGUCAGGGCCGGUGCGGCUCUUCCGUAAAUCCCGGCACACAGGUUGUACAGCCUGCGCUCCCUGAAGCAGCUCAGGGCAGAGCACUGCUCUGCCCGAGGGUACAGGGAGUCAUUCCCUGAGCUUCUGAAAUGCCAUGCUACCCUGUCCCCUCUACAGUCAGGUGAAACUCCCGUUCCCCACACAUCAGUUAUGGGAUGGACCCAGGUAAAUCCUGGGAUGUGCAGACCUUCCAUCAGAGACCCACAGACCUGCAGCUCAAGGAGCUGAACACUGGCUGGCAGAGCUUGUCUGUUUGCAUGGUGUCUGUGUGAGAAUGAGGGGGGAAAUUCACUUUCCUGGAGUGUUUUCUGUCCUCCGGUCGGUGAUGCAGUGCUGGCAGCGAAUCCUCCAGGAGCUGCUCACUGUGAGGGGCUGCACACCUCCCCUGAGCCCAGCUCGGCUGAGCGAGACCUGGUUAAGCUCAGGUUAGACCAGGAGAGCCUAAAACUGGGGCAGAUCAGCUGGAGGGCAAGGGAAGCCCCUGGUUAAAUGCUGCAGGAAGGGCCAGUCCUCGUUCCUGGAGCAUCCCUGCCCAUGUCCAUGGUGUCCACGUCCCAUCGCCUUCCCUGUGCUUUCCCUUGUCCCCAGGCAAUGGAUUCUCCCUACGCCAACGGCGCCUACAGCCCCCCGUACCCACACUACGCCAGCCUGCCGCAGGCACGGGGCUUCUACUGCUCGGGGCCCCCGCGCUGCCCCUACCCCACGGAGCCCACGGGCCUCUACCGGCCCCCCUCGCCCGCCCCCGCCUGGGGCUACGUCCCCCCGGAGUGUCCCCCCGAGGGCUCCGCGCUCCGCAGGCAGCACGGCCCCGGCUACUCCCCGCCACAGACCCCGGGGAUGCCGAUGCCGCAGUAUCCGUACGGAGACAGCAGUGCAGGGCUCCCGGGGCAGGGCCCACUGCCCCAGCCCAGGGCCCUGGAGGACACGUGGGGCCCCCCCUCUGUCUAUGGGGUGCAGCCUCGCUACGCCUGGCCCGCGGCCUCGGGCCACGGCGGCCUCUACGUCUCGGACCCACACCCAGCCUGGACCGGCAGCGGGGCUCCUUCCCACCCUCCCACCUGGGACUCACAGGGACAGGACUCUGUCUACGACAGACUUGAGCAAAGCCCCGGCCAGCACAGUUACUACCCUGAUGUCAGCCAGCGGCCCUCGGGGGCGGUGAAGGAGCACAGGAUGGCCCCGGGCCAGCCCCGGGUGCAGUACAGCGCCCAGCCCCAGCUCUACGACCUCGCCCCGCGGAAGGCCGUGCCUGGCAGCCGGGAGCUGGGCCCCAGACCUGCUGAGCAGCCUUCCACAAACCCUGCAGCCCUGCAGCCGGAGAUCCAGAGGAUCCUCCACGUGAUGGGGGAAGCUGAGCAGCUGGAGGAAGAGGUGGACGAAUUUGUAGGGAAAAAGACAGAUAAAUCCUACCGGCUCCUGGAGGAGAUGCUGACCAAGCUGCUGCUGGAGCUGGAUUCCAUUGAGACUGGGGGCCAGGACAGUGUCCGGCAGGCCAGGAAAGAGUCUGUCCACAGAAUUCAGGCCAUACUGGAAAAACUGGAAAGAAAGGGAUUGUGAAAACACAUGAGCCACAACACACAGCCUGUUGUCGAGGUUCCAAAGAGUUUCAGUUCUCUUAAAUCUCAGCUCUUUCUGCUACGCACUAUUGACAAUGGAAUAGCAAUAAGCCCUGAGUUAACAAAUCAAAUCAAACCCACCAAAAAGCCAGCCCAGAAGCCCAGCCCUGACAAACAACUCAGCAAAGGACAACCUGAGAGAGAUUUGAAGCAGCAAAAGUGUUUAUUGAAGAUGCUGAAGAGAACUGGGCCAAGGAUGGAGCCCUGUGGGGUUGUGUACGGAGUUCCCCAGACCAGACCCAAUCUCUGGGUGCCUCCGACAGCCACAGCCAGUCCUUAAACACUUGUCAGAUGUGCUGCAGUGUGCAGCCACCAACCAAGACUCUGGGCUUGUCCUCACUGCCUGUAAUUUCAGCUUCAGCUCCCUUGCCAUAAACCCCAUGUGUCCUCAUAGGGGUUGUCUGGGUCUAGUGCACUCAAGGAGCAACCCUGAGGUGCUGGAGGGAGGGACGGUGCUGGCACGUGUCACGUCGGGCUGUUCCUGCUCUGUGUGCAGAGCCAGUGUGGGGUGUCCCUGUGGGCAUGGGGACAGACUGGAAAUCCCAGUUCUGCCGCUGGAAAGGAGAAGUGCAAGCCAAGGAAAGAACAGAUGCAGGAUGCUUGGAAGUGAUUUCCAGGUCUCUUGGGUCAAAAUCCCCUGUUUAAUGUCCCUCUCCAUCCUGCGAGUUUUGUGUCCCACUGUGCAGCCCCACGGGGAGGGAGCAGCUCAGCCUGUUCAGCCUCGUGGUUACCACCUGCACAGCAACUCACUGCUAUGUGUGACACUUAAUAAACCCUGGCAAGUUUUAAAUGUUAUUUUGUAA